GGAUUUUAAAAACAUUCGAUAGUGCAUCACUACUUCGCGGUGGCGGCAGGUUUUCAUAGAAGUUGAGGCGGGAGAAUGGCAUUGGCAAAGGGACUGAGACCUCGCGAGGUGGUCUUGGUGAUACUGUUUGUGAGGCUGUUGUCAGUAUUCUUGGUGCAAACAUGGUAUGUGCCAGAUGAGUACUGGCAAACCUUGGAAGUAGCCCAUAAACAUGCAUUUGGGUAUGGAGCCCUGACUUGGGAGUGGCAGAGAGGCAUCAGAAACUAUUUGUAUCCAAGUGUGAUAGCUGGGUUAUAUACAUUGUUAAAAUGGACUGGAUUGGAUUACCCACAAGUAGUGAUUCUCCUGCCUCGAAUACUACAAGCCAUCAUCAGCACUGCUGCCGAUUAUAGCUUUUAUAAAUGGACUGGCCGCAAAUGGGGACUCUUCCUCAUACUUACUUCUUGGUUCUGGUUCUAUACAUCUGGACGGACACUACUUCAGACACUGGAGACUACCUUUGUCACUAUAGGGCUUUCGUUAUUCCCCUUUAAAGCUGGGAAAAUGGGAUAUUAUGAAAAAGAGAACAACGGAUGGGUGUGGUUAGCAUCGGUGGCCGUGUUCGUCCGGCCGACGUCGGCUCCGCUGUGGGUGGUGCUGGGCCUCUACAACCUGUACACGACCAACCAGGGCCGUCUCAAGCUGCUCCUCCGUGUCUACCUGCCUAUUGCUUCAAUCGUGGGCGGAGCUUUAGUGGCCCUCGAUUCGUACUUCUACGGCCGGCUGAUACUUACGCCGUGGGAGUUCUUUAGAUUCAACAUUCUGCACGACGUCGCAUCCUUCUAUGGACAACAUUCUUGGUACUGGUAUCUCACAGUGGGUGUGCCACUCGUGUUGGGAGUCAACUUGGUGCCAGUUGUAGCCUCCAUAUAUGUAAUACUUCGCCGUCCGAAGGAAAACAAGAUCGGUUUACUAUUGUUAAUUGCUGUCUCUUUUUACAUCGCCGUCCACAGUGUCAUAGCACACAAAGAGUUCCGAUUCGUGCUCCCCAUACUGCCGAUUCUGUUGUACCUGGCGCAAGAUGUCAUCGCACCAUGGAGCAGGAAAGCGAUAAAAUGGCAGUUAUACUUCGCUGCGCUCACCAUCUUCGUGGCUAACGCAGUGCCGGCGGCAUACAUCGGCUACCUUCACCAGGCCGGGCCCCUGCAGGUGAUGCCGCUGCUGCGUGAAGCCAUUCCUCACAACAGGACCUCUAUAGCUUUCCUUACACCGUGCCACUCGACGCCGCUCUACAGUCAUCUGCAUAUAAACGUGACGACCCGAUACCUGAACUGCGACCCGCCGAUCGACAAAGUGGGCGAGACGUACGAAGCCGAGGCGUUCUUUAACAACCCACUGCGGUGGUGGCGAGCGGAGUACGCGGCGCGGGCCACGCCCACGCUGCUCGUGAUGUUCGACCGGCUGCGGGGACGUCUCGAGGCCCCACUCACGGGGUACAAGCUGCUGCAUCAGAUACAGCACACGGUGUUCACUGAAGCAAAAUAUACCGCGGCUGAUGAUCGUGAUGAUGAAAAAAGUAGUUUGGUGUUCGUAUUUGAUACUACGGGUUCUAUGUUAAAUGAUUUGAAACAGCUUAGGGCUGGUGCGGAAAUGGUGUUGAAUACGGCGUUGCAAGAAAGUAAUGUUAUUGGUGAUUUUGUGUUUGUACCCUUCCACGACCCUGCGGUAGGCCCAGCGACUGUUACACGUGAUAAAAGCAUCUUCAAAAAUGCACUCAACAUAGUCCACGUGCACGGUGGUGGUGACUGCCCUGAGAAGUCACUGAGCGGGAUCCACCUCGCUCUUAACGUGAGCAGGCCCAGAUCAUUUCUAUAUGUAUUCACUGAUGCUACAGCAGGCGACCAUAGGCUGGUUGGGCAAGUGUUAGAUGCGGUGCAGAGAAAGCAGAGUCAGGUUGUAUUUGUGCUGACGGGGCACUGCAAUGACUUACAAAAACCAUCUUACAAGGUGUACCAUCAGAUCGCUGCGGCCAGCUUUGGACAAGUGUUCCAUUUGAAUAAAACCAACGUUCAUAAUGUUCUGGACUUUGUGCGAAGUUCCAUAAGAGGUAGGAGUGUGAAUCUCGGUUCAAUUGUCAAGGAAGGAGGUCAUAAUUAUACACAAGAGUUACCCGUGGACAGCACGCUCUCAGAAGUGACGGUGUCAGUCUCUGGAGCUAAGCCCAAGAUCAAGGUCGUCAAUCCCAGCGGCGAGGAGUUGAGGGGACCACCACAACUCGUCACUACUUUAGAUUUGUCUGAAAUCAUGGUGGUCAAAGUAAUACAACCAGAGCCGGGUAACUGGACCAUAACUGUGGGCAGCGAACACGACUACUCUGUGAAACUGAUAGGUGUCUCCAAUCUUACCUUUAGCCAUGGUUUCUCUGUGCAUAAACCAGCUACCAUCGCGGAAACUAGUUACAGACCGCUUAAAGGUACAUACAAUCACAUGUUGGUAAAGUUGUCGCAAGCGGACGCUCCAGUCGAAAUUGACUGCGCUGAGAUUCAAACCCUGGAUGGACGGGUGCUGUUCGAAGUGCCGCUGAGGUAUCUCGACAAGAAGAAUAAAGUGUAUAUAACGGAUGCGUUUUUGCCUCCUGAUGACUUCUUCUAUAUAGCAAUUAAAGGUACUGAGCAAAAUCAUCAAGAAUUAAGAAGAGUCGGAACUACUGCUGUACAACCAAAAGAUCCAGAUGUGCCGUAUCUGACAACAAUUCGAAAGAUUGAAGCGCGUUUCAACCAGCUCGUGGUACUUAAAUGUAAAGUGGAGAGCAUGGUGCCCGUGACCGCCAUGUGGACCCGCGACACUCAGAAUAUACAACGGCCAGUUUCCAGUUUACAAAGUACGUCAGUGGAGUACGUAAUAGAGAAGAUGACAGAAGAUAGAGUUGGCACGUACACAUGUGUGGCGAAGAAUGUGGCCGGUGAAAGCAAAAGUAUUACCGUGGUGGAACUUAUAGUUGAUGCACCCCGAAUGACAAUUAGUCCAGAAAAUAUGACAGUGGAGGCCGGCGAUGACGUUACUAUAUCAUGCACGGUGUAUACUGAAGUAUUGCUGCAGAAAUUUCAGUUCAUCUACACCGGAAUUGGUGGACAGAAAUAUUAUAAAACCUACUCGCAGCCAAGUGCAGACGGCGUGUACAGUUUUAAUACUACCAUUAAACAUGUUAUAGAAACUGAUGAUGGUGUAUAUACAUGUUCUGCUGCUAAUAGAGGUGGCGAGACUAGGCAAUCUACGUUUAUUACUGUAAAUCCACAACGCCCACCCUCAGCUCAAAUAUUAGGUCCACACGUGAUAAAGAAACCAAUGUAUGACGAUGUACAAUUGCUUUGUCAAGUGGAAAAUGCAGACACGUUACAAUUUGUGUCGCCCAAUCAAACUGUAGUAUUGGAAAUGGCCGUGAAUGGAACGUACAACGCUGUGUUUGAUAUUAACAAUAUAACAGAAGAGGGGUUUUGGAAAUGUGUAGCCCUAAGUAAAGACAAUAGUGCUUACGACAAAGUGGAAGUGAAGAUCACUAUGAAACCCACUACUAGUAUUGUUGGUGAGAAGAACAUAACUAUAUUAAAUGGAACCGUGUACAAUAUCUCGUGUACUGUGGUCGCCAGGCCGCAGCCCAGGAUCAUAUGGCAUAGGGAAACUGAGGAAUUCCUCAAUCACACUGUAACGAUGGUAAAGCCGAGUGUUUACAGUAGUGUUCUCACACUGAACAGCUCCAAAGAGAAUGUCGUUGGCACGUACUUCUGCUAUGGAGAAAACUCCGAGGGAAUAGCGUAUGAUAAUGCAACUAUCAGAGUUAGAAGAAAAAUGAUACUAAAGGAACAUUUUUCAAAUAAGGAAGUACAAUUAUAUUCUCAAGUUGAACUACGCUGUGAAAUAGACAGUUAUCCUGAACCUAGUCUAAUUUGGUACCACAACGGGACGAAGAUAACAAGCAAUGAAAAUAUUGUUAUAUACGAUGAUAACACUGCAAUAGCAAUAUUAAAAGUAGAUUUUGAAGAUUUGGGUGCUUACUCUUGUGAAGCUAAUAAUGGAUUUGAGAAUCUCACCGUAAAUUUUACUCUAAAUGUGACGGGCUUAGAAAAACCGGAAAUUUUGAAAGAUCGUAAAAUAACAACGGUGCAGAAUGGGCAGUCCACUAUAAUAACAUGUAGAGUUAUAUAUGGUAACCCCGAACCGACAAUAUCAUGGCAAUACAGAAACAAUGCAUCAGAGUCGUACCACGAAUUGCCGCACGAUGUUUUACCGAAUCAUAAUCGAUCGCAACUAAUUAUAUUGAGCGUUAGAAUCGAUCAUGGCGGCGAGUAUCGAUGCAUCGCUCGCAAUGUUGUCGGCAGGGAUGAAUUUAUUACCACUUUAGUUGUACAAUAUGCUCCGCAAUUUAUUACAACAAAAGAAGAAUUGAAACAAAUCGGAAAGCCUAUAAAAGUGGAAGUUGGUAAAAGUGCUAAAUUUUCGUGUGAAGCUCAUGGCAAUCCACUACCAAUAGUAGUUUGGACUAAGGAUUAUCGACCGCUAGUAUAUUCAAAUAAUAUUUAUUUGGGUGAAAAUAGCGAGUUAAUAAUAAAUAACGUGAGCCCAUACGACUCGGGAUUGUUCACGUGUAAUGCUUCAAGUGCCAUUGGAUCCUCGCAGAGAAACUUCACACUGGUCGUGUAUGCUCCUCCACGGAUGAGGAUUGGUGAUAAGAAUCUGGUAGAGCCUGUGGAAGUGGAAGUGAUAGAAGGACAAGUGGCAGCGCUGGAAUGUUCGGCUGAAGGGUGGCCGGAACCACGCGUUCGCUGGCUACGAGCUGACCAAGAGCUGCUAAAUCCUAAGAAGCAUAUCGAUGAAUUUGGUUUACGAUUUGUUGCCAACAUAACCGAUUUUGGAGAUUAUACUUGUAUCGCCAGUAAUGAGUAUGGUAACGCGUCUAUCUCCUAUAUACUUUACGUUUGGGUGCCACCGUCGAUCAGCCCGCCUUUAGUGGACAAAAUGGACGUAGUUAUAGGACAUAAUGUGAGUUUACAAUGCGAUGCGGUGGGCUUCCCUGUACCGUCUAUAUUGUGGGAAUUCGACAACGAAAUGCUGACUAAAAAUAGUACAGAUCUCAGUUAUAAUGAUUUCGGUAAUUUGUAUAUAUACAAUGCGAGCACCAAACACGAAGGCUUAUAUAGAUGCGUGGCAGAGAAUAUAGUUGGAAUGGUCAUGAAGAAUAUACAGCUCCGUGUAAAUGAGCCACCGAGAAUCGCAGCCGACGACUUUGCUGGACCAUAUAUAGCUACUGACUUAGAUAAUGAGUUAUUAGUAACAUGUAAGGUAACAGGGAAACCUACACCCUAUAUUUUGUGGUCCAAGGAUGAUUAUUAUCUUGACACAGAUUCGCGAUACGUAAUCUACCCUGAUGGUAGUUUAAUUAUAAAGCAUCCAACAGAAGAGUUAAGCGGACUGUACACUUGUACAGCUAAGAAUAAAGUCGCAGUUGUCAAUAAAACUGUAUCCGUUCAAAUAUAUGCAUUGCCGUCGCAUUUGCAACUGCAAUCAGAUGAGUCGCAGUCGACCGUCACCGUUGUGGAAGGGACCAAUGUGACUAUCGAGUGUCCCAUCCGUGCCGCUUACAGGGAUGUAGUCAAAUGGUAUAAGGAUGCAGUGCUGGUAGCCCAGGGUCAGCUAAGUCUUCAUAAUGUGAGUCGCGGUGGCAGUUCUACCUACGCUUGCGUGGUCUCCAACGCCGCUAGUUCUGCUGCAGCCAGAGUGGUCCUACGACCAGAGUGGCCUCCCACCUUCUUGAGGGAAGCCGCCGAAGAUAUAGAAGUUGUAAAAGGCGAUGAUUGGUACUUCGAUUGUGGGGUAGAUGCGAAACCAGAAGCUAAGACUAAAUGGCUAUUCAACUCGAGACCGUUGCUAUUCGAGGGCAAACCUCGUUUGAAAGUGAUGAACGUACAAAUACAUAACACGGGCACAUACAAAUGUAUUGUGAAUAAUAAACACGGAACUAUUGUUAGACAAUUUACUUUGGACGUUUUAGUGUCCCCUUUUAUUUCGGACUUUGAUGUAUUGGAUGUACAACUUAAAGAUGGUUCUAACGCCACACUCAGUUGCGAUGCAAAAGGCUCCCCUGCACCUACCAUAAAAUGGAGUUUCAAGAAUUCGAACUGGCACGUGGAAAACACCACACUGAUUGGAACUAACAUAUCGUCCGGCUCCGAAGGACUAUACCGAUGCGAUGCAACGAACAAAGCCGGGGCAGCACACCUAGUAUACAGAGUGAGUGUAGUGUCGUCACCGAAAAUUAAGGAAUUGGUGAGCUAUGUCGGUGGUCCGGGCGUCACAGUUAAUGGCACAGUGGAAGUUGUGCUCGGCACACGUACUAGGAUAUCAUGUAAAGCGUCCGGUAACCCGGCGCCCAACAUACAAUGGAUACGAAAUGGAAUUGUGCUAAGUGAGAAUUCACCAGAUAUCGGUUAUGCUGACCUAAUACUGGAGAGAGUUCAGGUGUCACAAGCGGGGCUGUAUUCUUGUAUUGUUAGUAAUGAAGCGGGCGAGGAUCAGAGGAGGGUUAAACUUGAAGUAUUAGAACCGCCGAAAAUUUUCCAAACGCUCUUCCAUAAUCAGACUAGUGACAUUGUACAUAUGGAGGUGAUCUCUGGACAGUCAUUCUACCUGCACUGCCAUCCUUAUGGGAACCCCAUGCCUCAGGUGUACUGGUUUAGAGACGACUUACCUUUGAUAUUGUACGACGAGACAAUGGUAACUGCGGAUUAUGGGGAAGUUGUCACCUCUAGGAAUGCUUUGUACGAACAGUCGGGUAACUACACGUGCGUCGCCAUAAAUAAGGUUGGAAAUGCCAGUGUUUCUUACUUGGUGGACGUAUUCGUUCCUCCUCCUACACCAAAAGAAAAAUUAAAAAACACUUCCAUCCGUAUAGGCAGGCCUUUGAACUUAACAUGUCCUGUGGAAGGAAGCCCGUUGCCCUAUGUAAUGUGGACCAAAUACCCGUAUAUUGAAAUCGGAGGGAACUCUAGAGUGGCUUUAUUUCAUGACAACUUUACAUUGUCAAUAAACAGCACAGAAAUAUCGGACAGCGGGAAGUAUUCCUGUAUAAUGACAAAUAAAGUUGGUACCACUGAAGUGGUGUUCGAUGUCCUCGUGGAGAAACCCGCCACAAUAGUGGCGAACGUGGGGAAUAAUAACAUGGAGAACCACGUCGUGACGCUGAGGGGAAGCGUCGUAUUAAAGUGCCAGGCGGACGGCCAUCCUGCACCGAAGAUUACUUGGUUGAAGGAUACGCAACAGCUGAGUAGUAGCGCGGCAAACAUCCAGAACGUUCCAGGCGGCAGUAUGAUGAUAGUGUGGGAUGCUAGAGUGAGAGAUGCUGCGCAGUACAUCUGUGUUGCUGAUAACAGCGCUGGUACGCAGCACCGUCGGUACAAUCUCGCCGUCAAAGUGCCAGGAAAAUGGAGUACGUGGACCCCUUGGAACUUCUGCAACACUACAUGCGGCCUCGGAUAUCAAACACGGUCGAGACUAUGUCAAUACGUCGACGAGACCAACGAAACCUUUGAUAAAAAUACUCGACCGGAUAGAGUGGUCGUAGACGAAUCUACGUGCAAAGGAACUGCGACCGAAACGAGAAGAUGUCACAUGCCACCGUGUGAGGAACAAACGCAGUCACGUUGGUCGAAAUGGUCAAAAUGGUCGCCGUGUACGUCGCAGUGCGGCGUCGGUACGCAGUCGCGCACUCGACGCUGUAGAACGCACACCCCGUGCUAUGGAGAUCAUAUUGAGAUAAGAAAAUGUCCAGAUUUACCAAGAUGCAACGUCACACAACACCAAUCAGAAAAUGAAGUUUAUACCAGCGGAGAAGACUCGAGUAUGUAUAGUCCUUUCGCAGCAGAAGCUACGUACGAAUUCCAACCUGAGACAUUGGACGUUGGGUAUUCUCAUGUGGAAGAAAUAGAUAGUGAACCAGUGACAAUAUCUUCAGUAUAUUAUGAUGUAAAAGUAACAUCGAAUUUGGAUAAUAGCGAGAGAGGGCCUUGCAAUCCUGGGUAUAGACACAAUGCAUUGACGAACUCGUGCGACGACAUUGAGGAGUGCUUGGUGAGUAGUAACUCGUGCCACGAGAGCCAGCGCUGCGGCAACACUCCGGGCGGGUACCGCUGCGGCUGCGCGCCCGGGUACCACUCGCUCGCAGCCGGCGCCAGGUGUCUCGAUGUUAACGAGUGCGUGCAGGAGACGCACAGGUGCGAGUUCGCGUGCGUGAACGUGUCCGGCGGGUACGUGUGCGCGUGUCCGGCCGGACACCGGCUGCAAGCAGACCGCCGCCAUUGUCUACCCCACCCGACGUAUUAGCCGCUAUAGCCUGCGCAUUACAGAAUUACUGUAUACUAGCUGUACUCGCGGAUUCGUCUGCGUGGAAUUUAACUUUUUUUUUUUCUAAAAUAAAAGUAGCCUAAGUUACUCCUUAUUACAGUUACCUGCCAAUAAAAGUCCUGUCAAAAUCGGUUCAGCCAUUUCAGAGAUUAAUCGGAACAAACAGACAGAUAGGCAAAAAUUU